AUGCAUCUUAUCGUUAAACCAUUGUUUUUACUGCUGCUAAGCCGCCACGUGAAUUUGGCGCCGGUUCUGAAUAUCAGCAUUGUGGCCGUGAGUCGCGUCAAUCCGAUCGGUUACGGAUCGCUUCCCUACAGUGGACCGGGAUUAUCCAUCGGCAUAGAAUAUGUACAGCAGAAGUAUGCCGCUACCAUGCGGUUUAAGCUGACGUUGCUGUAUGAUCGCGUACAAGUGACCUGUGCGGAUAUGGAAGACGCCGCGGUAGGGAUGAUUUCCGAUUGGCACUAUCGACGACGAAAUAUUAACGACACGACCAUAUAUGUCAAUGGCGCCUGCCUUGAAAACACCGAGAUGCCUUACUUUAUGAGAAGAUGGAAUACCCUAUGGAUCUCCACAUUAUCAGCAAACUCACAAAUUAGUGAUCGCAUUCGUAAUCCCACGUGGAUUGCGGUGAACGAUUUUUCGACCGCGCAGUGUUCGCAACUCUAUGUGGACAUGCUGAAUAAAUUCCGGUGGACCACUACGUUUGUGGUUAUUGAUACGAUCGGACCGUCCGUGUACGGCAUUGUUGCUGGGUUCGUACUUGAAGACCUAAAAAAGCAGCCCAACACAACGCAGUAUGUCCGAAAAAUCGCACCACGUCCCGGUGUUCCGUUUGGUAAUUUUGGAUCGGUAUUACAGGACAUAGCCAAAGUCAGCCGAGUUGUUCUGGUUUUCGGGCAUGCCGCACUUCUACGCGAAUUAUUGAUAGUGGCGCAUCAAAUGGACAUGACCAAUGGAGAUUAUGUGUACAUUGGUCUGGAAACCAUGCGAAAUAAACCGAUCCUUGGAAACUUCCACUGGAAAUACAACAAUGAUGAUGAUACCAUUGCAUUUACGGCAUUCCGGUCGCUGCUCAUGGUGCAACCGGAGGACGUCGAUAUGCCACCCAAUUUAGAUUUGGGAAUGCAGUUUGUUCAACGUUCCGCACGCGAUUACAACUUUACGUACAACAUCUCCGAUCAGAGCUUCCCCAAUAUUGUCAGCAGCUACUGGGCCAUUUUGGCAACGGCUCAGUUUCUCAAUGAUUCCUUAUCGGGUGCUGGUGAUCUGGAUUAUCGCGAUGGCAGCGCCAUUGCCCGUCUCUUUCUCAAUCGAACGUACACGGAUGAUUACGGUACUUUGUAUCUGUUUCAGCCUUUAUUGACCAAAAUUGGUAACAGCGAAUAUUUGCAAGGGGUGGUGAAUUUGACGAAUUGGGCGAAUUCCAGCAAACAAUUUCCGCCACCCAAUCGACCAUUCUGUGGUUACUUGAACAACAGCCCGUCUUGUUUAUCGGCUAGAAGCGAUACGUGGACUUAUGUGAUAAUUUUUACGCUAUUUGGCUUUUCGCUCUGCGCUAUUGUCUUCUGCAUCUUUUACGCCAGGUACACUAAGUUACGAAAUGAGGAGCAGUUACUGCUGGAUCCAUGGUGGCAGGUUGAUACAGACGAACUGCAAUCGCCCUCAUUUUGGCAUUCGCAUGCAUCCUCGAUCUUUGUUGCUCGCAAAAAGUCCUGUAAAGAAAUCAUCUCAAACGCCGUGUCUGAGUCGAAUGGGACUGUUCGAUUUGCAUCCUAUCAAGGCAAAGCUGUCGUCUGCUCUCCGGUAGCGCUUGGAGAAGGCAUACUGACUUUCGAAGAACUCUUUGUCAACGGCAACCUAUUGAAAUUGUUAAAAAUGUACCGCGGUUUAGAGCACCAGAACCUCUGCCGAUUUUACGGGCUGAGCAUUGAACUGAGCGGUAUCGACAGUUUCACGGUGUUUGUUGUAUUUUCCUGUCCAGCUCGAGGUACGCUUCCUGAUGCUUAUCGAAACCCGAUUAGCAAGGAUUUUGCUUUUACGAGUUCGUUGAUUGUGGAUCUUUUGGACGCCUUGGACUUCAUCCAUCACUCCAUGUUCACUUACCAUGGUCGACUGAGCACGUUUAACUGCUGGUUGGAUAAACACUUCACACUGAAGCUAAUGCAUUUGGCCAGCGACAGGAUACGGACCGAACUGGGAACCAUCGUCGGCAGCAAUAUGGAACGGCGCUGUCCCAAUAAUGCCAUUUGGGAGCAUUAUUUUUGGGUGGCACCCGACGCAGAACAGGCCGACAGUAAAGACCCAUACAGUAUCAAGGCCACGCAGGCAACCGAUAUAUUUUCCAUUGGACUGCUUCUCUACGAUAUCCUCACCAGGGGCGCGCUAAUACGGAAAGUUCAGAACAUGUUCGAUAGUAAGUCUGCAAUAAGCAUGGACAGCCCGAUGAACCCGUUGAUCUGUGCCGUGGAAAUUACCGAAGUGCUGGAAUUUAGCGAUGUGAUUUUGUCUUGCUUGAGGCGAGAUCCAUUGGCCAGACCAACCGUCAAGACGCUCCGUUAUGCGCUGACCUCGAUCUUCACUGCGCUGGCGCCCGAAAUGAUUCAUUACAAAUUAUUCGAUAAAAUCCAUCACCGUCUGUGUUCGUAUUCGGGCCAACUGGAGCAGGAAGUGGCCGCCAGGACCAAGGCUUUAAAGGACGAAAGGAACCGUUGUGAUGCACUCAUCCGUCAAUUUCUUCCCAAAGAAAUAGUGGGAAAGCUCCGCACUGGUCUAGACGUACAACCGGAGCUCUUUGAUAGUGUGUCAAUCAUGUUCACUGACCUCUUCGGCUUUGCCACCCUUCUUCCCUUUCAACCGCCCCACGAGACCUUUGGUUUGAUAUCGAAAGUGGAAGACUUUUUCGACGCCAUGUCUACGACGUAUGACGUCUACAAAGUUGAGGCUGUCGGUGAUUCAUUUCUGGUGGCCAGUGGAUUACCCAAUCGGAUCGGUAGUCUUCAUGUCCAUCGAAUUGCAAAUUUUGCUUUAAAAAUCUUGGAACUGGAACCGACACUGGGCAUACUUGGCGCACUGCGCUUGAAAACUGGCGUCCACUCCGGUCCAUGUGCGGCAGGAGUUAUUGGAGUUAAAAGACCUCGCUACUGCUUGUUCGGUGACACAAUUAAUGUAGCAGCCCGGAUGUGCAGUCAAGGAAUACCGGGGCGCGUCCAUAUAAGCUCGGAUUCCAGGCGCCUCCUUCAAGAAUUUGAUGAUCGUGAUUUUAAUUUUGAACCAAGAGGUUUAGUAGAGGUUAAAGGGAAAGGCCAGAUGAAUACGUUUUGGCUAAAAAGCAGAGCGCGUCUACCAUUUUACAACUAUAAUGAAAUUACUGUAAUACCUGCAGGAGAAAGCAUUCGGGCUAAAUCUCUGCCUAAGUGGUUGAAAUAUUAGAGCUGACAUCAUAUUGACGUAUGGGAGUAGGAUCAUACGCCGGAUGUACGUACGGAUGCUGACU